GAAGAAAAGAAUGAAGCCGAUGACGACGAAGGAAACGACGACGACGCCGGAAAACGCCAUUUUGCUGUUGGACAGAACUACCGAAGAAGGACUGAGAAGCACAUAAAAGGUAAAGAUGUUACUGAAGAUUACCAGUUGAUGAUGGAUACUAUAUUAUUCCCUGGAAAGACAAUUUAAAAACACAGUCGGUCGUUUAAAUCGUGUUUGAGGUGUAAGUCUGUAUUUAGGCAUUUCGUUUGCUGUCUAACUUAACCGAAACGAUGUUUACCGAAUAAGUUUGACAACAUCUUGUAUUUCUCAAAGUUAAAGGCUUCUUUGGUUUUAAAAAGGUGAAGUAUUUGUUGUCAGAUUCGUCUUUGUUAGCAGUGUUUCUUUGAUUUGUGUUAUGGUCAGUGUUCAUGCCAUGGGACGAUUCUUCAAACACGGCGAGGCUAACAAGCUAACAGUCAGUCCAGUUAUGGGCUCGUCUGUCCUGCGACGUGUUUAUCUCUUUUAUUAGGCACUAACUAAAUAAAUCACCGAGGCAGUGAUUUAUUUAGUUAAAGUCUGGCUUACCAUACUUCCUCAACAAAUGUCCAACACAUGAUGCAUGUACCCUGUGUCGAUUGUGGAUGUACCUUUACUCUGCUAUCGUGUUCUAUAGAGACGAUGUUACCGAGUUUAAUCUAUCUAAUUAGCUUAACGACAGUGCCAAACACGAGCAAUCUUCUCUCAAGUAUUAUAUUUCUGUGAAAUCAAGUAUAUCAUGUUUGUUUGUAAGUGUUGUAGGCUGUCACCUGCGUACGUGGGUGCUGUUUCAUGAGGUGACAUCAUGAAAAGAUGUACGAAGUAGAGAAUUGUUACCAAACAACUUCGUUAGUUGCAUUAAUCCCCCUAAACAAUUACAUUCCUUACAUGUCUCUUUAAUCGACCCUAAAACUGCUUAUAGUAAUACCUAUUGUCCCUUGUUGAGUAAAGGAGAACCUGUCAUUCCUGUUUCCUGGAAAGUGCAUCUAUCAACAGAACAACCUCAACUGUCCUAUGGUGGAUGCUAAGCCCAUCCUAAACCAGUAUAUCAUCAUAGAUAAUCUGCCGUGCUGGCUGAAAAUUAGUCAUGUUAUAGACAUUAAACCCCCACGUUAAGGGGAAGAUAGGUUGAAAAUCAACUUUGUAUUUGUCAGCCCCUUUGUGUUGCAUCUCUAUAUUUCUUGGUUGUCAUUUUCCUAAGCUAUCCUUCCUUCAUCAUGUUGUAUUUGUUGGUUACAGAUGAGCUAAGCCCUUCCUUGUGUGGCCAUGGCAUUUGACAGUUUACACCUGCGCACACGUGAAAAGUUAAGAUGAAUAAUCUUUAGCCUGCACACUCAGAAGUGCAGAAGAAGAAGAAAAUUUGUAUGUUGUUUUUAUAUUUUGUUUUAACAAGUAUCCUUCUCACCUGUAAUCUCACCUCUUUCAAUUAAAAUGUGAAAAGAAACGGCAAAGCAGAAGCUUGUUGCUGAAGAUGAAGCUGGCAGUAGUUCCCCGACAUACUCACCGCUUCCGUGAUCGUUUACUAUAGGUAUUUCAGGACAUUGUUGUAAUGAGUUAGCUCUGGCUUUGUGUGUUCAGCGAUUAAUGUAUGCAGCAGGCGGCUAUUUAUGAUUUGGGUGGAGCCAAGUUUACUCUAAACACCAGAGGGCAUUACCUGCAAUUUACUUGAAAAACAUAUCGAGAUUUGACAUUUUGUUUUAUUGGAACACUUUGCAUGUUACUGAUGAAAGCUUGAUGAUGCUGCAGAUACUCAAAAACAAGUUAGGAUCUAUUUCUGCAUGGCAGUUCACCAUGUCUACAGGUGUAGCCUUUAAAACAUAUUGCGCACGCUUUCCUUCAUAAUUUCCUCCUGGUUGUUUUCCUCCAUCCUACUUCCUUGCUGUGUUUCAUAAACUGAGAUUAAUGUAUAAAUAAUAUUUCCUCUACUUGGUUGUAAAGCAUCCUCACCUGCACUCACCCCUUCAUUUGAACUCAUUUGAUUAAAACAAUAUGGAGAAUGAGCACAGUAUUGUUUGGUGCAAGUUGCUCUAUUAUGUGGUAAUGUGGUAUGACAAAUGGCCUCUCCUUGUAAUUGUGAAAAACAAUUAAGAUCUGUCAAGAUGUAAACUCAGUCAACCAGAGGAGUAAAAUACUAAACGUAGAGUUAUGUAAUUAUGAUCUUGGUUCAUGUGUGUGAUAAAAUGAUGAGUCACAGGUGUGUACAGGGAUAGAGAACAAACCAAACUAGUCUGUCAGUUUCCACAAUCUCCAAAGUGGCACAUAGCUGUGGGCUCUUUUGAGGACAGUCCACUCACUGUGUCUCAUUGUUCGCUGUCUGAGAUCGAGCCUUGGCUGGAAAAGUCAACCUCGGCAGCAUUUCAUAGGUACAGACAGUAGCUUUCAUUCUGACACAAUGGACAGUGGGCUCACACUUACAAUGUUCAUAUUCAGCCUUAAAUCAAUCCUGUGGUUAGUCGUGUUAAUGGACUGUUAUCACUUAGAGUAGAAAAUAAAGGAUGAAAAUAUCAAUAGGUUUAAAAAGAAAACAACAAAUAAUGACAAAUAGUGAUGACAAAUAAUUAGAGUUAAGGUCCUUACACACCGGGGCCGACACGAAUAAAGAACGAGAAAUUACGAAAUAUUCUGAGGUGAAUUUUGAUGCCCCUGACUAUAGACAUCAACCCGAUGCGAUUUUGCGACUUUCCGGGGAAAGUCCUGCCUCCUUCGCCUCUGAUUGGCUAGAAAAGCUGGAAACGUCAUCACACGCUAAAGCCAAAUGGUCAGCACUUUUAGCCAAUCAGAGGCGAUAAGAUAAGCACAUGAAACUAUGGUAACAACCGUUAGCUUACAUUAGCACAGAUCAAAGUUAAAACAAAGCCGUUUAGCAAACUGUUAAAGCACACAAACCAUCGUCAUAUGACAGAUCUGAUGCUAUGUUGUCUUUCAGGUCGUUAUCUUUGUAAUAUUUGUGUCUUAUAUCAUAAAGCACUCUCUUCUCAGACAGGUAAACAAUCAGCCGGUCGGCCAUGUUGGAUACACCAGUGAAUCAGACGUCACAACAACACGCAAUCUGAUUGGUCAGAAGUGGACACACAGUAUGCGAAACGUUAGAAAAUCGACUGUGAUACGAAAAAAUAAAUGCCGCAAUAUCCCAGUAUGGGAAAACGUCGCUGAUGUGAACGCUUGUAUUGACAGGAUACGGGUUCGAAAAAAAAUAUUGACGUCCGAAAUAGUUGCACGACAAAAACGGUCCCGGUGUAAAAGGACCUUCAGGGUUAGAAAUGUUCAGUAGACUUAAUAAAAGUCAGCGCAGAUUGGUGACAAACUGUUUGAGUUUGUUCAGCCACGAUACUUCUUAAAGUAUAUUUGAAGUAUGUUUUUUUAUGAUAUAACAAAAGCUAAAAAUAUCGAUAUGACUGCUAUUUUCUCCUUUGACUCACAAUAUAGCAAAUUAUAGCUAUUGGUAAUCAGUCAACAUUACUCAAUGAUGCACCAUCAAGGUUUCUUUUAUAGCAGCAGGAUUGUGAACAUUUUUUGACAACUUGAAAUCAUUUGAAACGGAAUGGUUUCAUUACAUUUUACAUUGUUCAUCAACAGACGUUCACUAAAAUGAAUUUGUCCUCCGACAAUAGGGACACCUUUUCAGAAUCCAUCACUUCCUUAUGGUAAUUUGUUUGCUGAAUCGGUUUGAAGAACUUGAAGUGGGGGAAUGUUCUCUCUUUGACUUCCUGGUGCUUAUCAUUGGAUAUUUACCACACUGCUGAAUAGAACAAGCUGAAGCAUGGUGUCCCUUGUUCUUAACAUACUAUUUUUUUGUUUUAGAAAACUUUAAUACCAGGACAGCCAAUGAGACCUCAUCAAUGGCUGUCCUGGAUUGUGUUGUUACCCCAUUGUAGGGUUUUCAUGGAUUAUAUCAAUCUAUUGAAAGGUGAAUAUGGAGCAUUUUAUUCAGCCAAGACUCUAUAUAUUUUAUAGUUGUGGCUGUUAACCAACUUUUGGACCAAAUCAUUAACAAACAUCAGGAAAAGUUGACAUCUCACUGAAAUUCCUGUAAUUAAACAUCAAGCAGAGGCUGUGUGGGCCUAACCUUUUCAUGAACUAUGUGACCUAACCUGACUGUUCAGUUCACCUUUCAGACAGACAGGUUAAACUCUCAUGAACCAACCGGGCAUAAUAAACUGUAGUGUAUGAUGGCACUACCAAGACAGAGCCAUCAGACUCGUAGCUUUACAUACAGUCUCAGCUCCACCUCUGCUCUGUGAUUCAGAAACAGAGAAAACUGAAGGGACUGAGCACGGCUGUAAAAUCCAAACACAGAAAAUCGAACAAUAAAGAAUAACGUGAAGUCCCAGAGGAAAUAUUAUCAGCAUCUUUCUUUUGGAUGUUUUUACUCAUUACACAAUAUUCUUUGUUCUUCUGCAGGUGGGCCAAAAUGGGACUAAGCGUAAGUCAACUUUUAAACAGAAUAUUUGGCAAGAAAGAAAUGAGAAUCUUGAUGGUGGGACUGGACGCUGCUGGAAAGACCACCAUUCUCUACAAGCUCAAACUGGGCGAAAUCGUCACAACAAUUCCUACGAUUGGUACGUUCUUAACCUACUGUUGAUAAGGAAAAUCUGCCAUGACACACAAUGACAGAUAGCUCUACGUUUGUAAAAACUUAAGACAGGAUGACAUCUUGAAGUUAAUCACCUUUUCUUCUCUCUUCAUCUGCAGGUUUUAAUGUUGAGACGGUCGAGUACAAGAACAUUAGUUUUACAGUGUGGGAUGUGGGCGGCCAGGACAAGAUCAGGCCACUCUGGAGGCAUUACUACCAAAACACACAAGGUAAGAGACUUGCUGACUGUCCGAUCUUUAAAACCACAAAACCAUUAUCCAAGGGCUCGACAGUGCGACUGUUAGGUGUUUGAAUAAGGGACCAUCAAUAAAUUACCGGUUGAUAUUCUCAAAAAAGGCUUUUUUUCUUCAAUAGCUUCCAUGUCAUGUAACCAAUGGACCUAAAAUUGAUUUCAAAUAAUAGUACUAAGGUCGGACGAUAAGACACACCUCUUUAUUUCCCUAAUUUGUCCUCCUAAAGAUUUUUGUGUGGAAUUCAAAGGCAAAUUUUGAACAUUUUCUUAGCUUCCUUGUCAUGUGACCAAAAGACUAAAAUUGAUUUCAAAUAAUAGUACUUAUGUCGACCAAUAAGACACACGUUAGCUGAUCAAUUUUCAUUGUGCCCUUCAAGUUCUUAGUGUGCUCCUUCCUUUUUCAACUGUGAAAAAAGUUGGUGUCAAGUCCUGGUGAAACAUCAGCUCCUUUCUUCUUCCAGGUCUCAUCUUUGUGGUGGACAGUAACGACCGGGAACGAGUUGGUGAGGCAAAGGAUGAGCUAAUGCGAAUGCUGUCUGAGGAUGAGCUGAAGGACAGCGUGGUACUCGUGUUUGCUAACAAACAGGUGAGUUUUUUUUGUUUGCGGUCUCCAUGAUGAUCUUAAUAUGAGUUUCCUUUUUCCCCCUCUUCUCACUAAUUGAUUGUCGUGUUUUCUGCUUGUUCAGGAUUUGCCCAAUGCCAUGAACGCAGUCGAGAUCACAGACAAGCUGCACUUGCAGUCCCUGCGCAAACGAAACUGGUAUAUCCAGGCCGCAUGUGCCACAAACGGAGACGGUCUCUACGAGGGUCUCGACUGGCUUUGUAACCAGCUAAAGAACAUAAAAUGAUGCAUCACGCCAUUCCUUUACUGUCAUCUCUGUGACUGACGGGUGCAGGGGACUGCAAUGGGCCUAGUCUCUUUCUCUCUCUUCUACCUUUACUCUUUAACUUAAAGCGUAGGACCAGUUGGCCUCUGCUGCUCCUGCAUCUGUUCACGGUAUGAGUGUGUUGGGAUCAGUAUUUUCGGAUGGAUGAUUGUGUGUGUGUGUGAGCUGAGUGAGAGCGGUCUGGCUGCCCCUUGAACAGUUAAAACACUCUUUCCAUUCCUCCACUCUCACAGUCCAAAGGGACUCGCCCCCACAGACUUAGGGUUCAGACCAGUUUCUUUUAGGUUUGAUUGAUCCGGGUUUUGAUUAUAUAAGAUUUGUUAUCAUUUGAAGGGGGUUCUUAGGCCAUUUUUUGAUAGUUGCUCCCACUCCAUCUUUCUGUACUAAGGGUCUUGAGGUCUCUGGGUUUUUGUCUGUUUUCUUUUUUAAUGUAUUGUUUCUUUUAGUGCUACUCUCAGUGCUUGCUCGACCUGGUUUACUUAUGCAUGACCUGAUACGUAAGGUGUGCAGUCUUGACGUUCAUUUUGAAUUGUUCUUGGGACCAAUUAGUGAGAUUCAGAAAAAAGGCUUAUUGUUUUUGCUUUCAUUCAUGAUUCCCUCUUUUACGUGUUUCCAGAAGAUAAACAUGUUCUUGAACAAAAAGUCAGCACUGCGCUACACGGUACAGUUUGAUUACAAGUGUUUACUCUGGACUAUCGAUGCUGUAAAUGUGUCCUCUACGCUUCAGGCUUUAUGGUGUUUUUUCUGCAUGUAGCCAGGGCCAAGUUGACCAUGUUAACUCCCUUGAUGCCAUUUGCACAAUCUCAUAAGCUAGCACAACACAGGCUUAUGUGAAACAGUGGAUUAUCCAUCAGCCAUUGCAGCGAACCCAUAGACGGUAACAAGUCCUGUUGAUCCACACCAGCAGACAAUUACGACAUGCAGGUAUGGGUGUUGUACCAGAUAACUAAAGUAACAAAACAUGUUCCCACUCCCUAUAUGUCAGCAAAACCAAUUAAUAAUAAAACAGCUUAAUACACUCGAAAGCCCUUCAAAAUAAAAUUGACCUUUUUUUGUUUAUAAUAAUGGGUCAUUUAAGUGUUUUCUUGUGAAAUAUUCUUUUGGGCUUUCUUGGGUGUCAUAUGCUUCGGUAUUUCCCAAACAUCCAUUCAGUUCAUAGGAUGAGUGACAUGAUUUGAAACACACCAUCAAAAACACAAAUGUAUAUAAUCUCUAAGAAAAUGUAUUUUAACUUGAAGUCACCCACAUACCCUUGUUCAGACGUGAAGCUUUAAUUUUCAAGAUUGUUUCUGUAUAAAUGACAAGGUAUGUGCAUAUGUAUUUCUUAAUUACCUUUUAUGCUUUUUUAAACUCAUCUUGUAACAUCUGAUAAAUGCACUAUAAUAAAGAGAUCUCUAUUGUACUCAUGCUUCACUAUCAUUUGUCAUUCUUUUAAAAGUUAGAAGGUUAAAACUUGAAAUUCCACUGUACCUGAAGACAUGAAUGAAAUCAUCCCAGUUAAAGUGUCUGUGUGAGGUCUCAAUGAUGAUAACAUCUGUGUUAGUCGCUUUGCCUUGAUCAAUCAAAUUAUAAAUAAUGUUAGCCUGUUAGUGUGAUCAUUCUGAAGAAAUGGACUUGUCAAAAUAAAACAUUCAAUUAUUCAAACAGGUCCCACCA